AUGUUUCGUAGUUGGUAUAAACAGGGGAAUGAUAAGAAAGAGAUUUCAGGUUUAGGGGACACCUUUCGUAGUUCGUAUAAACGGGGAAAUGAUAAGGAGAUUUCCGAUUUAGGAAACAUCUCUCGUAGUUCGUAUAAACAGGGAAAUGAUGAAAAGGAGAUUUCCGAUUUAGGAAACAUCUUUCGUAGUUCGUAUAAACAGGGAAAUGAUGAGAAGGAGAUUUCUGAUUUAGGAAACAUCUAUCGUAGUUCAUAUAAACAGGGCAACGAUAAGCAUGUGAAAAAACAUGAUUCAUUUUUCUUCCUUAUGGAUGAUCUAAAAAUAGGGAAAAUAAUGACUCUCUCCUUUCAAACACGAAGAAAUCUAACUUCUUUUCCCAAAAAAACAGUUGAUUCCAUUCCAUUUUCACAAGUUAAAUCCAUGGAAAAUACAUUGAGAAUAUGCGAAGAUUCGCCUAUAAAAGGAGAGGGAAAGUACUGUGCCACAUCUGCGGAGGCAAUGCUGGAUUUCGUGCAAGGAGUCAUUGGAGAAAAAACCCAAAUCAAAGCUCUGACAACGAUAACAACUCAUGAUAUUUCUCCCCUGCUUCGUCGUUAUACAAUUUUAGACACUCCACAACAAAUUCCCACUCCUAAAAUGGUGGCGUGUCAUCUAUUGUCUAGCCCUUACGCGGUUUUCUACUGUCAUCACACAAUUGACAAUAAAAUCAAGGUGUUCAAGGUUUCAUUAGGGAGAAUUAAUGAAGCAAAUGGUGAUCGACUAGUGGAAGCGAUGGUUGUAUGUCAUUUGGAUACUUCUGAAUGGAAUCCAUCUCAUGAAUCUUUCCGUUCGCUUGGUGUAUUACCAGGAACAUCACCUAUCUGUCACUUUUUCACAUCAAGUAAUGAUCUAGUCUGGAUUCCAAAAUCAGUUGCCACUACUCCACUUGUAGCAGCACUUUGAAGGAUCGAUCGGAGAAACUGGCUGCACUAUGUUCUUAGUUAUUGCUUAUGCGUCUAGACGCAAAGUAAUGUGUUUUAAUUUAGGGUGUUCUUUGUCUGUUUUAGUGGAGAUCUACUCCGAUUUCUAUCGGAGAUGAACUCCUAUCUGUGUUAAUUAUCUUUGUUUGGCUGUUGAGUAUGCUUUUGAUGAUAAUAAUAUGUUUGUCCUA